AUGUCGGGGCCAGAAUUUUUUGCAGUUCCCCUGUCCAAGGGCUUUGGAUAUGGCAUUGCCCUAGGACUUGGAUUUGCCUUUGCACUAUUGAUGAUUUUUAUCACUUGGGCGUUGAAAAGGUACCAGAAUGAAGUCCAAACUUCCGAAAUGUUCUCGACUGCAGGUCGCUCUGUCAAAUCUGGACUUGUCGCUGCUGCUGUGGUGAGUAGCUGGACAUGGGCCGCUACACUUUUACAAUCUUCCUCUGUGGCAUACAUGUAUGGUGUUUCGGGACCAUUCUAUUAUGCAUCUGGUGCAACUGUUCAAAUCCUUCUAUUCGCUACGUUGGCAAUUGAGCUGAAAAGACGGGCUCCGAAUGCUCACACUUUUCUCGAAGUAGUCCGCGCCCGCUAUGGAACAACUGUGCACGUUGUUUUCAUCGUGUUCUGCCUCAUGACCAACGUCCUCGUCACAGCUAUGCUGCUCACAGGUGGAUCAGCAGUUCUCACAGCCCUCACCGGCAUUUCUACUGCGGCAGGAUGUUUUCUCCUCCCCAUUGGCGUUGUCCUCUAUACUGUUUUCGGCGGUAUCAAGGCCACCUUCCUAACUGACUACAUGCACACCGUUGUCAUUCUGGUCAUUAUCUUCCUCUUUGCUUUCUCUGCUUAUGCUACCAAUGCCGAGCUUGGUUCUCCUGGAAAAGUUUAUGAUGCGUUGGUUGCUGCUGCAAACAGACAUCCUGUUGAUGGAAAUGCAGAAGGCAGCUAUCUUACCAUGCGAUCGAAGGAGGGUGCUAUCUUCUGGAUUAUCAAUCUGAUCGGUAACUUCGGAACCGUGUUCCUGGACAAUGGCUACUACAACAAGGCUAUCGCCGCAAGCCCAGUGCAUGCAUUCCCAGGCUACGUGAUUGGCGGCCUCUGCUGGUUUGCAAUUCCUUGGCUAUGCGCCACAACAAUGGGUCUCGCAGCCCUAGCACUCGAAGGCACGGAGCGAAUGAGCAAUGCCGACGUCUCAGCUGGCCUCGUCCUCCCCUUCGCCGCCGUAAAGCUCCUAGGAUACAGCGGCGCAGUAGCAACAACUCUAAUGAUCUUCAUGGCCGUGACAUCAGCCUUCUCUGCCCAAUUAAUCGCUGUAUCGUCAGUAUUCACAUACGACAUCUUCCAAGCCUAUAUCGAACCCACAGCCAAGGGUAAGAAACUCGUUUGGAUCUCGCACGCUUCCUGCAUCGUCUACUCGAUCAUCAUGGCCGGUUUCGCAACUGGUCUCCACUAUGCCGGUGUCGGAAUGGGCUACCUUUACCUCCUCAUGGGCGUGAUCAUCUCCUCAGCCGUAAUCCCAGGUGCUAUGACUCUUCUAUGGAAGGGCCAGAACUGGAUUGCUGCUGCUGCGUCUCCACCACUUGGUAUGGCUGUUUCUCUUACUGCCUGGCUUGUGACCACGAAAACUCAAUACGGCACUUUCACCGUCGAAACCACUGGAGCCAACUACCCAAUGCUAGCAGGCAACGUCGCCGCCCUCCUAAGCCCAAUAGUCUUUGUCCCAGUCUUCACCUACGCCUUUGGCCCACAGAAUUACGACUACGUAUCGAUGCAACAAAUCAGCAGAGUAGACGACACAGACGUUGCGACCGCAGCGCACGUAGAUAUAGAGCUGAUUCCCGGCGAAGUACAAAGCAACCUCACACCAGCGGAAGCAGAGAAAGAAGCCAAGCUACUCAACCGGGCGGCUUUCUACUCACGAAACCUAACAAUCUUCAUGACACUUGCCAUGAUGAUACUCUGGCCGAUCCCCAUGUAUGGCUCGUCGUAUGUGUUUAGCAAGAAGUUCUUCACGGGCUGGGUUGUUGUUGGGUUGAUUUGGCUUUUCUGCACUUUCUUUGGAGUCGUUAUUUUCCCACUUUGGGAGGGUAGGAAGAGUAUUGUGCGGGUUGUGCGCAUGAUGGCUCGUGACGCUGUUGGAAAGAAGCCGUCACUUUAUCAUGGUCGUGCUGAAGAGACGCAUCCUUCUAGUGCUGCUACACCGACUGAGAUUACGGAGAAGGAUAAAGCGGCGGUAGCUUAUUCUUGA